AAAAAAAAAAAAAAGAUCUUAUUCCAGUAAAGUGACGUGAUUUGCCUGAAAGGUUCGAUGUUUGCGAUAUCCUUCUCCGUCAUCUCCCAAUCUUCCCUCCAUAAUCUAUUAAUUAGGGUUUCUUCUCAAUUCAAUUAAUCCUUCAAUUUCACUCGUCUCCAAUCAGAAAAAGAAAGAGAAAAUUUCUAGUCAAAUGGAAGCGGCCCCGCCCUCAGCCACCAAUAGCGGCUGCGUAGGAGGCGGAGGAGGUGGUGGAGGACCGGCGCCGUUCUUGUUAAAGACGUAUGACAUGGUGGAUGAUUCAUCGACGGAUGAGAUCGUGUCGUGGAGCUCUAGCAAGAACAGCUUUGUCGUUUGGAACCCUCCAGAAUUUGCAAGAGUUCUCCUUCCUACGUAUUUCAAGCACAACAACUUCUCUAGCUUCAUAAGACAGUUGAAUACCUAUGGAUUUAGAAAGAUUGAUCCUGAGAAAUGGGAAUUUGCCAAUGAAGAUUUUGUGAAAGAUCAAAAGCAUCUCCUUAAGAAUAUCCACCGAAGGAAACCAAUUCAUAGCCACAGUCAUCCUCAUGGUUCUUUGGUGGAUCCAGAAAGAGCAGCAUUUGAUGUAGAAAUAGAUAGGCUUGCACGUGAAAAAGCCACACUUGAGGAAAGUGUUGUGGGAAGCAAGCAUCAGAGAUCUGCUGAAAAGCUUCAGUUGGAAGAUCUAACUCAGCGGGUGAAUAGCAUGGAGCAGAGGCAGGAAAAAUUGUUGGCCUUGUUAGAGAAGGCUGUUCAGAACCCUACCUUUAUUGAACAUCUUGCUCGGAAAAUUGAUUCUAUGGAUUUUUCAGCAUAUAGCAAGAAAAGACGGCUGCCUCAAGUUGAUCACUCGAAGUCAAAUGCAGAAAAUAGUUUUGUGGACAAUCAAAGUAAUUCUAGGUCUGAGUUUGGGAAUGUUAUUCAUCAAGAUUUCUCAAAUAAGCUGAGACUGGAAUUAUCACCAGCUGUUUCAGAUAUUAAUUUGGUCUCAAAUAGCACACAGAGUUCCAAUGAAGAUAUGGGGAGUCCACAGAGGAAAGCAUCUGGAGGUGAUCCAAAAGACACACCACCAAGAACACCAUGUCUACUAUUUGCAUCUGAAACAUUUGAUCUUUCUGAUACUGGGACAUCUUAUUCAUAUAAAGUUGAUCCAGCUUUCCCGAGAAAAUUGACAACAAAUAAAACCUUAGAACUGCACUCGCUGCAGCCAAAUCUGAUUUCUAAUGAAGAAGCUGAUGGGCAUAUUUCCUGCCAUCUAAAUCUAACUCUAGCAUCUUCUCCACUUCAAGCCAAUAGGAGUCCUUAUUCAGCUAGGAUGGCUGAACUGCAUCAGGAAUUUUGCAAAUCUCCAGAAUCGAAGUUAAACGACGAUGGUAAAGAAUCCAAUAUGUUGGUUACUUCAAAAGACAGGACAGGCGGCAAUGGCGACACAACUUUAUCUUCAUCAAAGGAGGCCCCAAAUAACAAUCAAGGGCCUGCUGCUGCACCUCCUAGAGUAAAUGAUGUCUUCUGGGAACAGUUCCUAACUGAAAGACCAGGCUCUUCUGAAAAUGAAGAGGCAAGUUCUAAUUAUAGAGCAAAUCCAUAUGAUGAUAAGGAAGAUAGAAGGUCAAGCCAUGUAAUGCUGAGAAACGCUAAAAAUGUGGAGAAUCUCUCUCUUUGAGCGCCAUUGUUAUGUAAAGGCGUAUGACAGGUUUGUAAAGUUUUUUGCUACUACAUCCAAUGAUUUGGAUUUUCACUACAUACAUUUGACAACAAUAUAUGACAAAAACUAGGUGUAAGACCAUAUGUAUGGUUAGUAGAAUAAUGUUGAAAUUCUUAUUUUCCUAGUGGUUGCUGCUAUUGUUCAUAUCAUACGGAUUGUCAUUGUUAUCCAAUGAUUACAUUCAUUUUGAUGUAGAGGAAGAAGAUUAUGUGGGUAUUUGGUACAUUUUUAACAAUGAACGGUAUGCAAUAGCAAAUUUUUCUA